GUGAUCCGUUCGCUGUUUCGCUUUGAGUAGCUCCGAUUACUAACUGAUUGCGUGCCAUCCCUGCAGCGCUUUUAUAGCCGAGACGAAAUCCCUAGAAUCGUCGAGAAUAUUCCACAAAGUCUAGUAUUGUGUGUUUCCGCUAUCUGACAAUAGAUGGUUCUAGAUGCUACUAGAUCCUUCGAUAUUUCCUCGACUAUUCGGCGAUAGAUAGCGUUACUCUUACCGGCGUAACAAUACUUUAACAAGUGGCCCAUGAAUAAACCUUCAAACAUUCGUAUAAAAGAUACCGAAGCGAUGACUGACAACAUUCUACUCGAGGGAACCUGUAAACUGGUAGUAGCCAUGAAGGUCUUCGCAGCAGUACUGAUGGCGUUGGCGGCCGUGGUCGUGGCAGAAGAGGCCAUCGAACUUGACUACCACAACAAGAUCGGUAUCCCCCGGGCCGAGAGUCUUAGACGCGCCGAGGAAGCCGCUGACUUCGACGGUACCAGGAUUGUGGGUGGUUCUGCCGCCAACGCUGGUGCUCACCCCCAUCUUGCUGGACUUGUGAUCGCACUGACGAAUGGCAGAACUUCCAUCUGCGGAGCUUCCUUACUGACCAACACCCGCUCCGUGACCGCCGCUCAUUGCUGGAGGACCAGGAGAGCCCAGGCUCGUCAGUUCACCCUCGCUCUUGGCACAGCUAACAUCUUCUCCGGAGGCACCAGGGUCACCACCUCCAAUGUCCAGAUGCACGGCAGCUACAACAUGGACACCCUCCACAACGACGUCGCCAUCAUCAACCACAACCAUGUUGGCUUCACCAACAACAUCCAGCGCAUCAACCUAGCCAGUGGAAGCAACAACUUUGCUGGUACUUGGGCCUGGGCUGCCGGCUUCGGAAGGACCUCCGAUGCUGCUUCGGGAGCCAACAACCAACAAAAACGCCAAGUGAGCCUCCAGGUCAUUACCAACGCCGUCUGCGCCCGCACGUUUGGAAACAAUGUGAUCAUUGCCUCCACCCUCUGUGUUGACGGCUCUAACGGUCGCAGCACCUGCAGCGGAGACUCCGGCGGCCCUCUCACCAUCGGCAGCGGCGGAAGCCGUCAACUGAUCGGUAUCACAUCGUUCGGAUCAGCUCAAGGUUGCCAGAGAGGCCACCCUGCCGGCUUCGCCAGAGUCACAUCCUUCAACUCCUGGAUCCGGGCUAGAAUUUAACUGACGAAUGACCAAUGAUUCAAUAAUAAAAUAAUUUCAUUAACAAAAAAAAAA